AUGCCGACCGAGCUGUCUCCGAUCAAGUCGAAGCGAAUGGAAGAGAAAGCCUCGCUACAGCAAUUAAAUUCCCGCCUCGAAAUGUAUGUUUUAGGUGUCAAUGAACUUGAAGGAGCGAAACAUGCAGCCGAAAAAGAGUUAGAGACGAUAAAGCAACGCAUGCAACAGGAUCUUGAGAGCGUGCGACUUCGAUUGACGAAAGAACUUGAAGAGACUCGCAAAAAAUUGGAUGAUGAGAUGGACCAAAAUGCUAGACUGCAGACACUUGAGCAAGAACAAUACAAGGAGUUAGUAAAGCUCCGAGCACAGCAGACAGAGCUAGGAAAUGCCAAAGUGUUGGCAGAGACGCUACGUGUACAGUUGGAAAAGGAAAAAGCCGAUGCGACAUCAGCUAAGGAGACGCUCUCAGAACAGACGACACAGCUUAACGUAGCAAGUCGUCGCGUGAAGGAAUUAGAACGUGAGUUGCGUGGCCUCUUGGCAUUAUUAAAUGAUGCAAAGCAAGAAUUGGAAGAAUUACGUAAGAAAAGUACUGAUUUUGACCUGACGCGAGAUGCUGAAUUAUCAAAGCUGCGACGGGAGUGGGCAGCGAAACAUUUAGAGGCUCAGGCACAAUGGAAAAAGGAUACAGAGGACCGUCUGCAGUCUAUGGAAAUGGAAGUUCGAAGUCAUUUUGAAAGUGUUUCGAGUAGUUUACAGAAUCAAUUGGACGAUGUACAGACCGAAUUGGACAGUACAAAAAAGGAAUUAGAUCGAACAGCAACUGACUAUGAGGAGAGUUUGAAGGCUCGUCAGGCACUUACGGAAAAGGUGGCACAACUGGAGCGAGAGUACCGAGAAGUACGAAGUAAAGCGACACGAGAUCGCAAAGCGUACGAAGAAACAUUAGAGCGUUUUCGAUCUUCUAAAGUGGCUAAAGAACGCGAGUUCAAUGAGCUUAUGGACGUCAAAAUUGCUUUGGAUGCAGAGAUUAUGAAGUAUCGACGUAUUUUGGACCGGGAAGAAAGUCGAGUGGCCGCUUCAACGCCAAAUACAAAAGGGCGAAAGCGGAAAAAUGAGAGUACAAAUGACGUGACGAUGAAACGAACAAAACGCACGAGUAUUGAGACGGAACCGCUUUCGUCAGCAGUGCAUAUUGCGUCACUAGAUUUGGAAAAAGAUCGGAUUGUACUGAAAAAUACAAGUCACGAACCAAUAGCGUUGGGUGGCUGGGUCGUGCGAGGCCAAAUGGACCAGACUUUUCGAUUUCCAGCGACGUAUGUGAUGCGACCCCACUCAACGCUUACUGUUCAUUCGAGCAAACGAAAUAAAAAUGCAAAGCAUGAACGCAAAAAAGGCGAAGAUUCGUUUUUGGCUAACAAAUUUUCGCUGAAUCCGAAAGGUGACUUUGUCGUCCUGCUGACGUCUGAGGAUAUUCCAGUAAGUUUUAAAAGUGAAGGUUUACCCGAGGAGGAAGUUCGUGCUAUCGAAGAUGACCUACGCGCAGAUUUUCUGGAUGAUGAAGCUCCUCCCUUUGGAAACUGUGGUAUGAUGUAA